AUGUCUAAAAGAGCCAGAGAAGAUGAAAAAUCUUCACCAGAACAGGAUUCAAACCUUGAAGUCGAAAAUGGUUCUUCAGAAGCUCCAGAAACAACCGCUUUUGCUGAUUUGAACCUAUCUGAGCCAACUUUGAAAGCUAUUGGUAAGUUAGAUUUCACUGAAAUGACUGCUGUUCAAGCUAGAACUAUCCCUCCAUUAUUGGCAGGUAGAGAUGUCUUAGGUGCCGCCAAAACUGGUUCUGGUAAGACUUUGGCAUUUUUAAUCCCAGCUAUUGAAAUGUUGCAUUCUUUGAAAUUUAAGCCAAGAAAUGGUACUGGUGUUAUUGUUAUCACUCCAACAAGAGAAUUAGCUUUACAAAUUUUUGGUGUGGCACGUGAAUUGAUGGAAUUUCAUUCUCAAACUUUUGGUAUUGUCAUUGGGGGUGCCAAUAGGAGACAAGAAGCUGAUAAGUUGGUGAAAGGUGUUAACAUUUUAAUUGCCACUCCUGGUAGAUUACUAGAUCAUUUACAAAAUACGAAAGGUUUUGUCUUUAAAAAUUUAAAAGCUUUGGUCAUUGAUGAAGCUGAUAGAAUCUUAGAAAUUGGGUUUGAAGAUGAAAUGAAGCAAAUCAUUAAGAUAUUACCAAACGAAGAUAGACAAUCCAUGUUAUUCUCUGCCACUCAAACUACAAAGGUGGAAGAUUUGGCAAGAAUCUCAUUAAGAAAGGGACCUUUGUUCAUUAAUGUAGUCCCAGAAAAUGAUACUUCUACUGCGGAUGGUUUGGAACAAGGUUAUGUGGUUUGUGAAAGUGAUAAGCGUUUCUUAUUAUUAUUCUCUUUCUUAAAGAGAAAUCAAAAAAAGAAAAUUAUUGUUUUCCUUUCAUCUUGUAAUUCUGUUAAAUAUUAUGCUGAAUUAUUGAAUUAUAUUGAUUUACCAGUUUUAGAACUGCAUGGUAAACAAAAACAACAAAAGAGAACAAAUACUUUCUUCGAAUUUUGUAAUGCUGAAAGAGGUAUUUUAGUUUGUACAGAUGUGGCUGCCAGAGGGUUAGAUAUCCCAGCUGUCGAUUGGAUUAUUCAAUUCGAUCCACCUGAUGAUCCAAGAGAUUAUAUUCAUAGAGUCGGUAGAACUGCAAGAGGUACUAAAGGUAAAGGUAAAUCUUUAAUGUUCUUAACUCCAAAUGAAUUGGGUUUCUUGAGAUACUUGAAAGCAGCAAAAGUUCCAUUGAAUGAAUAUGAAUUCCCAACUAAUAAAAUUGCAAAUGUCCAAUCUCAAUUGGAAAAAUUAAUAAAAUCUAAUUAUUAUUUGCAUCAAACUGCCAAGGACGGUUAUAGGUCAUAUUUACAAGCUUAUGCUUCACAUUCCUUAAAAACUGUAUACCAAAUCGAUAAAUUAGAUUUAGCAAAGGUAGCUAAAUCUUAUGGUUUCAGUAUUCCACCAAAGGUUAAUAUUACCAUUGGUGCUAGUGGUAAGACACCAUCUGUUAAAAAGCGUAAGACCCAUAGAAAUUAG